ACUUGCUAAAUGUAAAUGCUUUUCAAUCAAUAAAUGUCUGUCAACUUUUACAUAUAAAAAUACAUCGGUAUAAUAACAAUCGGUUCAUUAAUAAAAUUCAAUAAUUAUAAAUUAAGAAAUGUUAAAAUCUUCGCAACUGUUGAAACGGGUAUGGAAACCUCAGAAAAUAUCCGUCAGGAACUAUCCCUACCCGGUCCAGUUCAGCUAUUUUCUGCGCAACCAGCCGCAAGUCCAGGCCACCACCAUGCCCAACGGCCUCAGGGUGGUUUCACAGGAGAGGGAGACUUACAAUUGUUGUGUCGGGUUAUAUUUCGACGCCGGCUCGAGAUACGAGAGUCUUUUCGAGAACGGCAUUGCUCAUUUCUUUGAACAUAUCGCAUUUAAAAGCACUCGAAGCAGGUCGAAGACGAUCCUGGAAGACCUCAUGUCCUGCACCGGCGCUCACUUCAGAUCCUUCACCACCCGCGAAGUGGUCGGAUAUUAUGCCGAAUGCCUCACCCAAGACGUCCCUUGCAUUGUGGAUAUUCUCUCUGACUGUAUUUUCAACAAUUGCCUCUGCGGAAAUGAAAUUGAAAACCAGAAAAAGAUAGUAUAUGCAGAAAUGUUGGACCACGACAAUGACACUAACGCGUUGCUCGAUGAUUACCUACACGCCACCGCAUUCCAAGGCACUCCCCUCGGGAGAUCGGUUAUGGGCUUCAGCAAUAACUUGUACAAUUUCUCUCCAACGACCAUACAUAAUUAUUUGACGAAAUAUUUUGAUCCGACCAAAACAGUGUUCGCAGUGGUCGGCGGCGUGAAGCACGAACAGGUGGUCAGUCUAGCCAACGGGUACCUGUGCAAGUUCGAGCCUUGCAAGUUUGAAGAUUUGGGAGGGUACCGGUACACGGGAUCUGAAGUGCGUUUCAGAGACGACUCGGUUCCCGUGAGCACUGUUGCACUUGCUGUCGAAGGGCCCUGUUACUGCGACGUCCAUGACUGCUUGGUGCUGGACGUGGCCGCCCACAUGAUCGGUGGGUGGGAUCGCUCGCAAUAUGGCGGGUUAGACCACGCCGUCAAUGUAGCUAAGAAGGCUUCCUAUUCUGAUGUCUGUGAUUCUUACAACACAUUUAGCUUAAAAUAUCGAGAUGGUGGUUUGUGGGGAGUCAAGUUUAUGGCGCCAUCUUUGAAACUAGAAGACAUGUUGUAUUUCAUUCAAAAUGAGUUCAUGUAUUUGUGCACGAUGGCUCCCGUGGGAGAAGUGGAGAGAGCUAGACGGCAGUUGAAGACAAAGAUUCUGUCUCAGUUGGAGUCCAACCGUGGGAUGUGUCACGACCUUGGGCGCUCGUUUCUGUACAGAGACGUAUACUUGACGCUGGACGAGCUGAUCGAUAAGAUUGACCGCAUUAUGGACAGCGACGUGCGAGAGGUGUGCUACCAGUACCUUUACGACAAGUGUCCCGUGGUCGCCGCCGUGGGCCCCAGCGAAGGUCUGCCGGAAUACAACAGAAUCAGGAGUGGAAUGUAUUGGCUGAGACUUUAGUUUUAUAAAAGAUUUACGAUGAUACA